AUGUUGAGCAGAAGACAAGCUGAGCGGAAUUUUUCUCUCGCUGACUUGGUUGCAGUUCACAAAAAGCUGAUUGAAGGCAUGCCUUUCUCCCUAUCUGCCUGUCCACGAGCUUCUCUCCCUACCUGCCUGUCCACGAGCUUCUCUAUCUGCCUAACCAUGGCCUCUCUCUGUAUCUGUUUUCCUGUCCAUUAUCCUUUCUCGCUAUCUGCCUGUCCACUAUCCUUUCUCGCUAUCUGCCUGUCCACUAUCCUUUCUCGCUAUCUGCCUCCUUUCUCGCUAUCUGCCUGUCCACUAGCCGCUCACUUCGUCUGCCUGUUCACUAGCCUCUCUCAUGAUCUAACAGUCUAUAAGCUUCUCUCCCUAACUGCCUAUCUAUGGUAUCUCUCUGUGUUUGAUUGCCUGUCCACUAGCCUUUCUCCCUACCUGCCUCCUUUCUCCCUACCUGCCUGUCCACUAGCUCCUCUCCCUAUCUGCCUAACCAUGGCCUCUCUUGUAUCUGUUUUCCUGUCCAUUAGCCUCUCUUCCUAUUUGCCUCCUCUCUCAUUAUCUGCCUGUCCAGUAGCCUUUCUCCCUAAAUUGCCUGUCCCUGAGCUCUCUCCCUCUCUGCCUGUCUUAUUGAGGCCUUUCUCCCCUCUCUGCCUGUCCCUGAGCCUUUCUCCCUCUCUGCCUGUCCCUGAGCCUUUCUCCCUCUCUGCCUCCUUUCUCCCUCUCUGCCUGUCCACUGGCUUCUUCCCAUGUCUCUCUGUGUCUGCUUUCAUGCUGGCCUCACUCUGUGUCUCUUCCUUCCCACUGGUCACUCUCCGUUUCUCCUUGUCUGCUAGCCUCACUCUGCAUCUGCCUGCCUAUAACCUGUCAGUCUGUUCUUUCCAUCGCAGCUUCUGCCUCCCUAGGGUCACUCCAUUUCAUUCAGCAUCCUAUCUAUCCUCAUCUAUACAACUGCUUCUACCUUGUAUGAAAGAUUACACUCAUAAACCAGGGUUGAACUGA